AGCUGCUCGAUCGAAGCAUCGUAGUCAAAGGGUCGAAGGAAGAUCUUUCUCAAUCCAACGGUCAUUCCUCUCAAGCACGAACGGUCUGUGCCUCUCCCGUCAAUCUUAGAGACACAACCACAAACCGCAACACACACAAACUUUCUUUCUUCCUUCCUUCUAAAAGUAAUCAACCCAAUAGCUACUACUGUCAAUCAAUCCACCAAGAUGUCCUCCCUCCAUGUGACAGAGUCCGUUGCGGACCGCAAGAAGAAUCGUGAAUUGGCCGAAGCCCGUCAAUCGGGUACGGUCGCUCCGGCGGUGGAUGUCAAGAGCGGCGCCAUGAUCAAUCCGCACAAUCCCGAAUUCAUUACCAAACGUCCGUGGUAUUUGGGGGGUGGCGAUGCCGGUCCAUCAUUAGAGCAUCAAGCUGAUCAACGUCCCGACAAGGACAAGUUUCCCGUGACACUCGCCGAUGCCGAUGACUUUUUGGCGCAAGAACGACAUAAACUCAAACACCUGUCGAAAAAGGGACACUUUCAAGUGGGCAUGUGGGUCGAAGCACUCAAGCACAAUAAACAGCCCUAUCGGAUUUGUCAAAUUGUACGCAUGGCCAAGAAACAGACCGAAUUCGACUUGAAAUAUGAAGAUGGGUCGAUUGAACGCAAAGUCAAACUCAAACAAAAGUCCAAACGAAAACCAAGAAUUCGAAUGACCAAAACAGGAGCCAGGAGUUUGGAAAUGGAUGCCAAUACAUAUGGAAAAGAGUCCUUUGACAGCAAGAGAGAUCAGUACCAUGGAUACGAACUCGACAGUCACAACCAAAAACUCGAAAAGAAAUUUCAGGAACGAGAUGCCAUUCGAAAACAAAAUCGACAAAAGGAAAAGGAAAUGCAAGACAAGAAAAACAAAAAUGACGGCAAUGACAAUGACCAAGAGGAGGAGGAUCCAGACAAGAAAAAUAGCAAACCCAGUAUGGAAUCGGAUUCCGAUUUGGACUCGGAUGUGGAAGACGAUGACUCGGACGACGAAUUCGUGCAACGAGAUGAAGAUGCCAGAGUGCACACAUCCCGAUUGGCCAGGCAAGGUGGAGUGGGUGGAGCACAAAUGAAAGUGACAGCACGUAACUUGCGUAUCCGAGAAGAUACCGCCAAAUACUUGCGCAAUCUUGAUCCAAACUCGGCGUACUACGAUCCUAAAUCGAGAUCCAUGCGUGACAAUCCAAAUCCGGAAAUUGCAGCCGAUGAAUCACAAUUCGCUGGAGAUAACUUUGCCAGAAUUUCUGGAGAUGCCGUGGGCUUGGCAGAUACACAACUGUUUGCUUGGGAGGCGGCCGAUAAGGGAGUCAAAGAGCUACAUCCACAAGCCAAUCCCUCACAGGCGGAAUUGCUCAAGAAACAAUUCAAAUCCAAAUCCGCCAAUCUAGCACUCGAAAAGAAAAAAGCCGUCCUCGAAAAAUACGGUGGAGAAGAACAUUUAGAUGGUGGCGAUGGAUUGGCCACGGCGGUUGCGGGGGAUGCCAAGGAAAAGGCACAAAAGGCUGCACAAGAACGACAAACCAGAUUUGGAGUCAGUACCGCAGUCGAAGAAUACAGACCCGAUGGCAGUCUCGCAAAGAAUGCAAGUGGAGCUAAUGUCAAACGGGUCGCGUUAAAGUCCAAAUACGAGGAGGAUGUCUUGCAAAAUGGACAUUGGACUGUUUGGGGCAGCUUUUUCCACAAGGGGGCUUUUCAAUGGGGAUAUGCCGAUGAUCACUCAUUGAUGAAAAAUUCCUAUUGCACGGGAGAAAAUGGACGCAAAGCCAAUGAUGAUGCCAAUGCCAUGCGGUAUGGAACGGGAAAAGCUGGGUCAGCUGCAUUGGCGCAAGCCAGAGAAAUGCUCAAGGCCAUUCCAGCCACAAAACGGGGCGAGGGAGGAGAUGCCUCGAAACCACCGACGAGUUCCAAGAUGUACGGAGAAGCUGAUCAAAACGUCACACUGGAUCAACAAAAAGUCAAGGAAGCAUUGAAAAAAGUGGAAAAGAGCAAACUCGAGGCAAAGGAUGACCGCAAACGCAAAUACAAUUCACUCAACCCCGAUUCCUACGAUGUCACGGAAGAAGAAAUGGAAGCCUAUCGGUUGCGAAAAGAAACCAAGAGCGAUCCAAUGGCGAACAUUGGGAGCGAUGAACUGCUGGAUUACAAAAAGUAGCAACUUUAUUGUAGCCUAUUGUGUUAUAUACUUU